CUGUAAGAGCAUUGCUUUGAGCCUACAGUGAUGCUACUUGCUGCAACAAGCCCUGUCUCCACCGCACAGUACACGGCUGCACUUCACUCCAAUGGAGCCGCAGUUAAAUGGAGCCUCGUAAACUCGGCAUACUGUCCGCGAAGUUAAAAGAAACCAGGACAAACACGAAGUAGAGAAUUAGUGGUUUGAUGGGGCUUUCAAGGAUCAUGAUGCCGUCUAAGCUCCAGCUGCUGGCUGUGUUGGCAUUCGCAGUGGCGAUGCUGCUCAUAGAGAACCAGAUCCAGAAACUGGAGGAGUCAAGAGCCAGACUCGAAAGGACCAUCGCCAGACACCAGUUGGCAGAAGUGGAGCAGCGACACAGUGAAGACAUGGGGCGAGAAUCCCCCCCACUGGCAGAAAAAGACGACAUGGUCAUCAUCUACAACAGAGUGCCCAAGACGGCGAGCACCUCCUUCACCAACAUCGCCUACGACCUGUGUGGGAAGAACCGCUUCCACGUGCUGCACAUCAACACCACCAAAAACAACCCUGUCCUGUCCAUCCAGGACCAGGUGCGCUUCGUCAGAAACGUCACCUCCUGGAGACAGAUGAAGCCGGGCUUCUACCACGGCCAUGUAGCUUAUCUGGACUUCUCCAAAUAUGGAGUGAAAGGUAAGCCCAUGUACAUAAACGUGGUGCGGGACCCCAUCGAGCGCCUGGUGUCCUAUUACUACUUCCUGCGCUUUGGAGACAACUACAGACCCGGGCUUCGGCGGAGGAAACAAGGAGACAAAAAGACCUUUGAUGAGUGUGUGUCAUCGGGCGGGUCGGACUGUGCUCCUGAGAAGCUGUGGCUGCAGAUCCCCUUCUUCUGCGGACAUCAUUCAGAGUGCUGGGAUGCCGGCAGCAGAUGGGCCCUGGAACAGGCCAAGUACAACCUGGUGAAUGAGUACCUGCUGGUGGGGGUCACUGAGGAGCUGGAGGACUUCAUCAUGAUCCUGGAGGCAACGCUGCCUCGCUUCUUCAAGGGAGCCACGGAGCUCUACAGAACGGGCAAGAAGUCCCAUCUGCGAAAGACCACUGAAAAGAAGCACCCCAGCAAGGAGACAAUCGCCAAGCUGCAGCAGUCGGACAUCUGGAAGAUGGAAAACGAGUUUUACGAGUUUGCACUGGAACAGUUUCAGUUUGCGCGCGCUCACGCCGUCAGGGAGAAAGACGGAGAGCUGUUUGUCCUCGCUCAGAGCUUCUUCUACGAGAAGAUCUACCCCAAAGUCAGCUAGGAGCCAGAGAUAGAUGGGGGGGGGGGCACACGGGGACUUUCCAGUACCCCCAAAGUCUUUUACACUGUCACAUGAUACUGGUGGAUGCUCAGAUUCUGACCCUGUUCUGAAACUCUCUUUCUGUGGACUCUCAAUGAGGAAUCCAGUUUUUUAUUGCUGCAGUUUGAGAGAACGUAGAUAUAAACAGUGUGAAAGAGUUUAAAUCAAGGGCAGUGAAAAAAUCACUGGAUCUGAUCAUCUCAAAACCCAAACACUCAAGUUCUGUUGGGUUUUUAAAGUGGAGCGUCAAGAUAAAAGCAGCAACCCUCAACUAGUUUAAAACCUUUUCUGACUGCUUUGAGAAAGAAUUUAGAUCUGGAUAUAACAUCCUGGUACUCAGGUUCUUAAAACCGUAAUUAAUAAAAGAACCCCAGCUGCUGUUGUAUAUAUUAACAUGCAGGAAACAUGUUCUUGGACCAAAUGGUGCAGAAUAAGAUGGACCAUUGCAUCCUUUGGUGCGUGACGAGUAGUUCUCUUUAUUCCUCUGAGGUGUUCUCAAUAUGUUGAACACAUCAUAUCAGUCUUUCAUCACAGGUAGUGAUGUCUCUAUGAGGAGCAGGAGACGGGUCAUGAUGAGGAGACAGCCUUAGGAUGAUUUGAGUGCAGGGUUUACAGGGUAGGGGUCAAGCUGAUAGUGCCUUUAUUACAAUGUUUUUUUACAAUAAUUUUCUAUGAAAUCCCCAAUCAUGUUUUCUCUUUUGUUGUGAAUUCAUAUGAACCGCAGUUCCUUAACGUGUCACAUUCCAUUUACAAUCUAAACAUAAACUGAACCGCACAAUCCUGACUCUUUUGUUCCUGCUGUUUGCUUUUAACACAUUGUGAUCCAAUGUGUAUUUGGUGGCUCAUGAUGAUACGGAGUAGGAAGUAACAUGUUUUAUUUGUUUGGCUGUCUUUAGCAAUGAGUUUUUAAUUUGUCUUUAUUUUUUUAUUUUUUACCGGAAUUUUAGAAGGGAAAGGUUUUUGCCUUCUUUCAAAUUACAGUAUUACUCAACUUUUGCUGUAGUAUUAUGUGUUCAAAAACAAAACUUAUCUGAGACUAUAGAAAACUAUUUUUCUGCAGCAUUCGGAACAUAGAAAAUAAUCCUUUUUUUGUUGGGUUUCUAAAAAACUGUCACUUGUGGUAGUUUUGUUAAUCAAAGCUAAAAAUGAGUUUUCUGCAUUAAUGCAUGGUGUUUGCAAAGGUUAACAUGAAUACAAAUGUGGUAGUUGAAUGUAGCAGAUUAUUAAAGUCAUAACAGCACAAAUAAACCCUACAUGAAGAUGA